AACUCAGCAACUAGCAAGCCUUACAUAAUAGGAGGGAAUUCUGUGAAAUUUCGCGUAUCUAAUCUCGGCGGCCUCACUUAACCCUCAUAAGUGAGUGGAAAUUGCUCGGGCAAUAGCUUGGCCGGUGGGCAUAUUAUGUCAACACUACAUUCAACUCGGUUGAACUUAAUCUUUUGAUCUAAUCAAAUUAGAAUAUUUAAUUUCCCGUUGAAUUACAUCAAAAUAUGCUUUCAAUUUCUAUCUUCCGAGGAGCAAGCUUGUCAAAAAUAAGAUUGGCAAAAGAAGUGCAAAAUCAAGUUACUACGAUUGGCGCUGCAGUGAAUAAAUCCGAAAAAUUCUCUAGGACGUAUUCCAGUAAACCAGAUAGCAACAGAAUGCGAUUUGUACAAUACCUUCGUAAAAACGAUACAACACCAAAACUUGGUGCUAUCUCAGAUGAUGGUGCAACCUUAACCGAUUUGUCGUCUCAGUCAGGCAUUCCGUCAGAUAUGAUAACUUUCAUCAAAGAGAACAUUUCAGUUGAAGACGUUGCUAAGAAGCUUACGGUACUUCCAUCGGAGAAAGUAAACGACAACAUAACAUUAUUGCCUCCAGUUCUAAACCCGGAAAAAAUAAUUUGCAUCGGUUUGAACUACUCAGGUCAUUGCUUGGAACAAAAUAAACAACCACCGAAGGAACCGAUGUUUUUCAGUAAAUUUAAUACAGCUUUGGUCGGACCUACUGGAAACGUUAUCGCGCAUGCAAUUACCAAAAAACUUGAUUGGGAAGUUGAAUUAGCUGUCGUAAUCGGAAAAGAAGCAAAAAAAGUGGCAAAAGAAAACGCGCUUGAUUAUGUCUUUGGUUACACUGUAGCUCAAGAUAUUUCUGCAAGGGAUUGGCAGAAGGAACGGAAUGGAGGUCAAUUUUUAAUUGGAAAGUCGAUGGAUACAUUCUGCCCACUUGGUCCAGCACUAGUACACAAAAGUCUCAUCAAAGAUCCGCACAAUUUAUCAUUGACUUCCUUAGUGAACGGAGUACUAAAGCAGUCGGGAAAUACCAACGAAUUGAUUUUCCGAAUUGAUGAUAUUAUAUCUCGCCUUUCCGAAUGCAUUACACUGAAGCCAGGUGAUGUGAUUUUAACCGGGACUCCUGCUGGGGUUGGUAUGCAUCGAUCACCACCAGAAUUUUUGAAAGUUGGCGACUUAAUUGAAAGUGAAAUUCAAGAUUUGGGAAAACUAUCGAAUAAGGUUGUUGCCCCUUGAAUUUAACAGCAAAUGCACUUGAAUGUCUAUAUUGUUGUUUUAAAGAACGGAACGCAUUUUAUUAAGUAUUUUUUUUUCAAAU